AUUCAUUUUAUUUAUCAAAAUUAAUUCUUUACAGUUGGUACAAAGCUUUUAAUCGGAGACUUUAGAGGUAAUAUAAGACCGGUACAAACGAAAAUGGGUUCUAGUUUUUCUAAAACAGAUAACGAUUCUAGUAAUGCAACUUCUAACAGCAAAAAGAGCAAUCGUGGAAAUCAUAAAAAAUAUGAAAAGAGGUAUCAGCCGCCUCAGCCUACUGAUCACUCCUUGGCUUUACGUUACAAAGGGGAGUUACAAACCGCAACAAGAAGAAUUACCGACCUUAAAGAACAUCUAAACAAUAUUCAAAUGGAUUUCUGUAAAAAGGAAGAGAGGUAUAAAAAGAAACUUCAUUCUUUAGAGCUCAAAAUCGAUUCUCUAUGGAAAGAACUGGAAAGUACUGAACAAGCAAAAGACGAUAUUAUUGCAAGUUACACAAUGGAGAUACAAAACAAAACAAGUGAAAUUACACAGCUUGAAGAAAAGGAAAAGGAUAGGGAAGAGAGACAUGAAAAGACACUUGAUUCUUUAGAGCUCAAAAUCGAUUCUCUAAGAAACGAACUUGAAAGUACAAAACAAGAAAAAGACGAUAUCCUUUUAAGUUACACAAUGGAGAUACAAAACAAAACAAGUGAAAUUACACUGCUUGAAGAAAAGAAAAACGAUAGGGAAGAGAGUUACAAAAGGGAGUUACUAACCAAAACAAGUAGAAUUACCGAGCUUGAAAAACAUCUUAAAAAUAUUCAACAAGAUUACUGUAAAAAAGAAAAAGAUAAUGAAGAGAGUUACAAAAGGGAGUUACAAACCAAAACAAGUAGAAUUACCCGUCUUGAAGAACAUCUUAUAAUAUUCAACAGGAUUACUUUACAAAAAACAAAAGAUAGGGAAGAGAGAUAUAAAAUGACACUUAAUUCUUUAGAGCUGAAAAUCGAUUCUCUAAAGGACGAACUGAAAAGGACUAAACAAGAAAAAAUCGAUAGGCUUACAAGUUACAAAAGGGAGUUGCAAAGCAAAACAAGUGAAAUCAUACAGCUUGAAGAACGUCUGAAAAAUGUUCAACAGGGUAUCUGUAAAAAGGAAAAAAACAUGGAAGAGAGGUAAGUCUUUGCAAAAUGUUGUUUUUGAUCUUUAUGAUUUAUUCGCAUAUUUUCGGUCGAGGUACCAAAUAAAACGUAAGUCUUAGGCAUUUAUCUUUAUUGUAGCUACAAGAGGGAGUUACAAAACAAAUUUAAUCAAAUAUCAAGCUAUCAAGAGAGUAUGCAAACUAUUGAUAAAGACCAAC